UGGUAAAAAAAGAAGCAGGUGUUAGUAAAUGUGCAGUUAUUAAUACUGAAGGUUAUGAAUCGUGUCAUUCCUGCUGUGAUGCAGUCAGAAAUGUUGAGAUUUCAUAUCCUGAGUCUGUUAAAAGCAGUCUUCUUGCUGAGUCUACUUGCUGUGGCGUGUGGUCGUGCUGACUCCAGAUGCACCACUCGCCGGUGUCUGGCUGAAAUGUUGAUCAACAAAAGUUAUACAUCUCAGCCACAGUAUGAAAACUGCACCCAAAUUAUUUACGUGCCGUUCAUUGAGUACCAAACUCUGUCAGUUGACACAAAGAAUCUCCGCCUAAUUAGUCGCCUGCAGGCCUCACUCGUGUGGAGCGAUCUUGAGUUGGGAUGGAACACGUCAGUCUACCAGUAUGACGAAGUGGUCCUGCCAGUGAGUAAAGUCUGGACCCCGGAGCUCCACGUGACAAACGGAAUAGUAACAACCAUGAAGCACAGCUCCCGUGAUCUGAUGGUGUACAGUAAUGGCACGCUGAGGCACAGUGUGAUCAUAAAUGCAGAGGUGAACUGUGAGGUCAACCUCUUCAACUAUCCCUUCGCUGCUGACGAAUGCCCCGUCGCGAUACAAACCUGGUCCACAGACGGAUGCGGUACGGAGCUGGCAUUUGGCGAACUGAGGAUGAUUGAUGGAACUCAUGGAGACUGGAAGACGGACUAUGUGUCCCUCCAGAAGCAGAGAGAUGACCGCAAUUACAUCAUGGUGGCACUGAGAAUCAAGUAUCUGAACCCCUUCAUCACAUUAAUGCUGCCCAGUAUUCUGAUCGUCCUGGCUGAUGGGGUCAGCUUCGCUCUGCCGCUGGGAGGCGGCGAACGCAACUCUUUCAAGGUCACUCUGGUGCUCAGCUUCACCAUGUUCCUCAUCAUCCUGAACAACGAGCUCCCCGGAGACAGCCACUGCAGCCCCAUCAUCCGAACCCACUUCUGUGUUUGCCUGGUCCUCAUGGUGCUGAGCAUGUUGGUGUCGCUGGUGCUGACCCGGGUGGCCAAGGAUGGCGGCCUCAUUUUCUGCUGCUGCAGCAAAGAGUCGACCCCAGAGAACGCAGCGAAGAAGGACGAGAAAGAGGAUGAAGAAGCCAAAGCUGGCAUUAGCGUCGUUCAGCCGGAUGCCUCAGAGGAGCACAGUCGAAUGCUCAGAAAGGUGGUCAACUUCCUGCAAGAUCUUCACGCGAAGGAGCAGGAAAGUGAGAGACAUCAGAAGUUGGCUAACAUCUUGGACAAGACAUUUUUCUGGUUCUACUUCAUUCUUGGCAUUAUAUACUUUUCUGCCAUGAGUUAUGUGAUGGUAAACUAUAAAUGUUCAGUUAACCAUUUUGAUUUCUGGUACUAAUAAACCUUCUAACUGUAAUUAAUGCAUGCCAUGACUUUAUAAAAACAGCUAAACCUGGUGUUUUCUUUGAAAUUACAACUUUUAUUAGAUCUUGUGAGUUCAAAUGCGAAGAUUCAAAGACUGAUCUCAGUGCACAUUUGCUACGUUUGUGUUUAACUUCACAUUCAUCAUAACAUGUCAAAUGUCUUGGUGCUGGUUUGUAUUUGUAGUUUGCCCAAUGAAAACGAAAUCAAACAAAUAAAAGAACUUCAUCUUUCAACCCAACUGAGUCACAAAAU